AAUAGAGACCAACUCUAUCAGCUUCUUCUUCCAGCGUUCGAGAGUAAGGCAAAUUCACGAACAGCUAAUGGGAUCAAUGAAGACAUGAUGGCAGUAGUGGUGCCGCUGUUCGACGUUCGCUCAAAUGGAAAUUACGACAGGAAAUGGAGAUAUGUUUGGGGCUCAGGAUUGGUGGGGAUUGGCGAUGGAUUGUCUUGUGGGAUAGUGUAGUAAAUCUGUGAAAAUUGGCUGUUCCAUUGAAUCGUUUGGUUAAAAUACCCGUCGGAAUAGAACGAAAGCCGAGUGUACAAGCCUCCAGCGGUAUCAACCAUGGGGGUUAUAUUUCAAUAUGGCGGACGAAGAUCAAGAACGUUUCAGUCCUGACUCUUCCACCCAGAUCUUGAACAAAGAAAAACGCAAAAAUAAGAAAAAAAAAAAGCAUAAACAUAGAUCAAAGAAAAAGAGAAGAAGGCAUUCUGAUGAGAGAACUUCAGAUCAGGAUGAACAGCAUUCUGACUCCUCAAAUAUUUCAAAUGCCACAUCUGACGAUGAAGGGACAACAAAACAGGAUUUAGAAUUUGUGAUAGAUAUCAAGCCCUUAACUGAAUAUAUUGACGAUAGAAAGGAGUUGAAUAAUGAACUUUUUAAGAUAUUAGGAAGAAAAGACAUGAAAAAGUUGAUGACAAAAUCUGUUAAGAAGUUGGAUGUAGAAGAAUUGAAAUCUCGGUGUUUGGAUCAACUGGAAAUAAUUUCAAAGAAAAGAUUAUUACGAAUAAUUGAGGGACAAGCAAUGACGUCAUCAUCCUCUGAGAGUGAAGCUGCAAACACUCACUCUGCCAUGGAUGUUGACAGCUCUACUUUGCUAACAAGGCAACCAGAUACUUCUGGAAUUGAUAAGGAUGAGUCUGUGAAUAUUUUGGAAGAACUGAGUGUCGGCCCAGACCAGAAUGAAAUUAAUGAACUGAUAGAGGGCCCUGUAGAAAAUAUAAAACCAGAAGUUGCUGUUACAGGUCAAGAGAGUCCUGUGGUGGACACAUUGGACAAGGAUCCUGUCGACACAGAGUCGCAACUAUUGGAAUUAGAGUUCAGAGCAAGAGCGCUGAAAUCUUUAAUGCAAGCACGGCACAAGGUAGAUACAUAGUUGUUCCCUUGUUGGGUGUCAGCAUGAAAGCUGAAGUACUGAGUGAUGUGCAUCACAAGAUUAGGAUGGUUGGAAAAUAAAAUGGUGUGAAUGGAAGUACUAUGAAAUAUUUGAGGUGAUGAUGGAAUAUAAAGAUACAAAGAAGUAAAUGUGAUGGCCAGGUGAUUGAGGUGAAGUUGUGUUGAAUAAAACAAUCUAACAAAGUUUUUAUUCUGGUGAGAACACCCAGAUUACUGUGUAAAAAACCUUGCAUAACCUAAGUGCUAAGUUGCAACAAUAACUCAGUUGUAGUCUUGUAGAAGUUUAAAGAACUGUAAACAAGAAGUUUAAACAACUGUACCUAACCACAGUUUAUAUUCUUUCAAGUAUUGUAAUCAUAAAUAAAUAAGUUUUACAUAGUUUAUUUUGUACAGCAUAGACUAUAAAUAACUAGAAGUCUGUAACUGGUAGAUGCGAGCUCCUUUCUUUAAUAGGUAAUUAUGGUUGUUCAGGGAGCAGAUAAAAUCUUCGAAUUCAGUGAUGCCCAACCUCAGGUCCUGAAA